GCAAUAAGGAGCGCGCGCGCAGCAGGCGGGAGGAGGGAUUAAAAGUGAGCAGAAAGUUGAGUUUGACUCCUUCAAAACAAGCUGGAAGGAGUGCUCCUGCUGUCGUUCGCUUUCACGGAGGAAUGAUGCGUGUCCCUGCCACCCAAAAGUACCGGUGAACUAACGACACUGGCGGCUCGUUUGUGUAAGAGUCAGCGAUGGCGAACGGGACCGAGACGGAGUUGUUUGUGUACGAGCAAGUGGUGGUGUUGUGUACUUGCGUUCUGUCGGUCCUGGGCUCCACUUUGAUCUUCCUCACCUUCGUUUUGUGGUCGGAUUUGAGGACGACUCCGAGGAGGCUGCUGGUGUACCUGUCGGUGUCGGACUGGCUGUCGGCCGUGUCCUACGCUUACGGAGUCGUGAAAGUUUUUCACUCCAACUCGCCGGACUGCGUGGCUCAAGGAGCGAUAUCCACUUUCGCCAACACCAGCAGCUUCUUCUGGACCGUGGCCAUCGCUGUGUACUUGUACGUCUUCAUAGUCAAGUCCAGUCAAAGACUCGCGGACAGCCUGGUGUUGUCGUUUCACCUGGUCAGUUGGGGCGUUCCUCUGAUUAUCACCGCCACGGCCGUGGGUCUCAAGAAAAUCGGGUACGACGCCUCAGAGGUAUCUGUGGGCUGGUGCUGGGUCAGGAUCGAUGCUCAAGACCGGAUCCUGUGGAUGCUGCUCACCGGAAAGAUCUGGGAAUUCCUGGCUUACCUUACCCUCCCUGUGGUAUACAUCUUGAUCAAAAGGCAUAUCCACAGAGCGCAUGCGGCCCUGUCUGAAUACCGGCCCAUCUUGGCCAACCGGCCCGCGUCUCAGUCCUUCUCAUCCAUGGCUGACGUGAAACUAACCCUCAUUCCCAUUAUCUUCAUCGUCCUGCGCAUUUGGAGCACGGUGCGCUUCAUUCUGCUGCUCACUGACUCACCUGUCCGGCAGAACCCACUGCUGGUCACGCUGCAUGGAAUUGGCAACACCUCCCAGGGGGCAGCCAACUGCAUCAUGUUUGUUUUGCUCACUCAGCCCAUCCGCACGCGGCUCUGCGCCGCGCUCUGCUGCACCUCCAAGUGUGGAGCGGAGCCGUCGCCCUCCAACCGUGACCCGCAGACACUCCUGCCAGGACAGGACCCCCCCUCCAAGAGGGAGGAAGACGGCACCUCCACAGUGUACUCCAACACGUGAUGCUCUGCUCUGUGCAUGAGUGAAGACGGACUGUGCACAGAUGCAGCAGCAGAGGUCUCCACUUCACCCUGAAAACUGCAUUAAAGCAAGUGCCUGCUGGGAGGGUAGUAGACUGUGGUGCCUUUUCUGAUGACUUCAUCCCUUAGCUAUGACACUUUAAUGGUUUUUUCCCUUUACAUUGAGAUUCAAAUUGUUCACAUUUUCCUUUUAAUCAUGUAAGCUUGUUACUGUGAGCUGAUGUUUCAUUUUCUUCAUGAUUUUGUCACUUUUUCCUGAUCACAAUGAAAACAGGUAAACGCACUAAACCUGCUAUAAGAAUCAUUCUGUUAAUAAUUUGAUUUAUUGAGUAAUUUCUUUGACAUAAAAGAGUAAAUGUGGUCAACGUGACCCAAUAAACUCACUAAAACUCAGGAAAAAUCAUUUUAUAAUGUAAAAAAAGAAGUGAAAAUGUAAAUAAUAUUGUAUAUGUGAGUGUUUUGAGUAAGAGAAAAGUUUUUAUGUUGUGUUUUGGGUGUGAGUAAAAAAAGGAAGGCAAAAUGA